AUGAAACUACUGAAUAAGACUGAGCAGAUCGCUCGUCUCAAUGGGGGAAAAAGCAGUGUAGCUGUUCAAGAGAUGCUAACAGGCUAUCGCUCAACACCGCAUCCUGCUACUGGUGUGCCACCAUAUGAAGCCCUAAUGAACAGACAGAUCAGAACCAAACUAGAUCACCAAGCAAGGGAGUGCAAUGAGAAUCUCCGUGACACAGCCAUCGAUAAGCGGGAUGAGAAAUACAAAGAUAAGAUCAAACAGAAUGCCGAGAACAGGAACACCAAAGAGCACAAUUUCUUAGUCGGAGAUCAUGUCCUGUUGAAACAGAAAAAGAGAAACAAAUGGUCUACCGCAUUUGAACCAGCAUUCUACAGAGUAACUCGAAUAGACGGAUCAAGCAUUGCAGCAAAAAGGAUCACAGAUGGACGCAAAGUGUACCGUGACGCAAGCCAGUUCAAGAUUGCUAACUCACUGAUCCAGGAAAACACCAGCGAAGAAAAUGAAGACCAGGAAGAACAAAAGAACCAAGAGGAUUGGAGAGAGAAGAAUCUACUGAAUGCCAACCCUCACUUAGUCCAGGAGGAGACUAACGAAAGCAGCGCAAAGGAAGCAGCUAAAACCAACACCAGUGACAAAGCGGACCAGAGCAAACAACCUAUGCCAGCAGCCGCGACCAGACCAAGGCGAGAUCAAAAACAUCCAGAGUAUUUGAAAGACUUUGUCACCUAA